AUGCAAUUUCUAGGGUUGACAAAACAAACAAAAAGUUUCAGUCUUUACUACAAUUUUUUUUGUUUCUUGAAUUUCAAUCUGAUUUGUCUCUUUUCAGCUUCAGAGAAAACUGGUUCUGUAAUGAAAUUUAUAGUAGCAGAGGCGCCAUUAUUAGGACCUGGUUUCAACAACCCUCAAGUAAAUGAAGUUGCUUCAGUGGCAUUAGCUGCUCAAAGAACAUAUAGAAAAGAUCCUCUUAAUGGUUUUGAGAAAUACACUGGAGGAUGGAAUAUCAGCAACCAACAUUACUGGGCUUCAGUGAGCUAUACAGCUGUUCCUCUCUUUGUUCUUGCUGCUGUUUGGUUUCUUGGGUUUGGCAUCUGUUUAUUAGUCAUCUGUAUGUGUCACAUUUGCCAUAGAACCAACUCUGUUGGAUACUCGAAAGUUGCUUAUGUUGUCUCCCUCAUCUUCCUCCUCAUCUUCACUGUUAUUGCAAUAAUCGGAUGUGUUCUUCUAUAUUCGGGUCAGAUCAGGUACAAUAAAAGCACGACAGAGACAUUAGAGUAUGUCAUGAGUCAAGCGGAUAGCACGAUUUCACAGCUUAGAGCUAUCUCUGAUUAUCUUGCUUCAGCUAAGCAGGCUGCAGUUCUUCAGGUUCUUUUACCUGCAAAUGUCCAAACUGAAAUCGAUCAGAUCGGAGCGAAACUGGAUUCUUCUGUAGCAACCAUCACUGAGAAAUCGACUAAUAGCUCCAAUAACAUAAGACAUUUCCUUGAUUCCGUGAAGGUGGCACUUAUCGUAGUUUCAAUCGUCAUGCUUGUUGUGACAUUUCUUGGUCUCGUUUCUUCAAUUUUCGGGAUGCAGGUCAUCGUUUACACCCUUGUGAUUUUGGGAUGGAUUCUGGUGACCGGUACAUUCAUUUUGAGUGGAACAUUCCUUGUGCUACACAAUGCAACUGCAGACACAUGUGUGGCAAUGAGCGAAUGGGUUGAGAGACCAUCAAGCAACACGGCUUUGGACGAGAUCUUGCCUUGUACAGACAAUGCCACAGCUCAGGAAACUUUGAUGCGUAGCAGAGAGGUGACCGGUCAGCUCGUGGAUCUAAUCAAUACAGUCAUCACUAAUGUCUCAAACAUCAACUUCUCUCCAGUCUUUGUCCCAAUGUAUUAUAACCAAUCUGGACCGUUGCUUCCAUUGCUCUGCAAUCCUUUUAACCAUGACCUUACGGAUCGUUCUUGUUCGCCUGGUGAGCUCGAUUUGAACAAUGCUACUCAAGCAUGGACCAGUUUCGUUUGCCAAGUGAGCCAGAACGGGACUUGCGCCACAACAGGGAGGCUCACACCGGCGCUGUACAGUCAGAUGGCAUCAGGAGUGAACAUCAGCACGGGGUUGAUCAGGGAUGCACCGUUCCUGGUCCAGCUUCAGGACUGUUCAUAUGCAAAGCAGACCUUUAGAGACAUAACCAAUGACCAUUGUCCUGGACUCCAGCGUUAUGGCUAUUGGGUCUAUGUGGGUCUGGCCAUUUUAGCGACGGCUGUGAUGCUCUCACUUAUGUUCUGGAUCAUUUACAGUAGAGAGAGAAGGCAUCGGAAGGAAGCUCUACCUGAAUUUUCAGACAGUAAGGAGAUUGUAAGAGUUAACUUUUGAUGUAUGUCUCUGUAGAUCUUAAGCAAAGUGUUUUAAGUCUCAACACACUUGAUUUGUGCUUUCUUGUCUGAACAAAUGAAAAAUCAGAUAUCAG